AUGGCUGAAAAAUGGAGAGGAGAGCAGCGGAAGGAUGUUGGAUCAAGAUAUCCGAGGGAAUUGGCCGUUUACAGCGCCUACUUCAUCGUGCCCCUCUCGCUGCCGUUACCACCCGCCGGAGCAAGCGGCGGAGAUUCGCCAUGCGUCGCGUGGCUCGGCACCAAGCCGAGGUUUUCAGUGGUGUACGUAUGCUUCGGCACCUUCGCUGCCAUCUCGGAGGAGCAGCUCCGGGAGCUGGCGCUUGGGCUAGAAGCCUCGGGGAAGCCGUUCCUGUGGGUGGUGAGAGCCGACGGCAGGACGCCGCCGGAGAGCUGGGAGGAGCGCGUCGGGGAGAGGGGGAUGCUGGUCAGAGGGUGGGCGCCGCAGACGGCGACACUGGCCCAUCCAGCGGUCGGCGCGUUCCUGACGCACUGCGGGUCCAGCUCACUGCUGGAAGCGGCGGCGGGCGGCGUGCCGAUGCUGACGUGGCCGCUGGUGUUCGACCAGUUCAUCGAGGAGAGGCUGGUGACGGAGGUCCUGAAGAUCGGGGAUAGGGUGUGGAGCGGGCCGCGGAGCACGAGAUACGAGGAGCAGACGGUCGGGCCAGCAGAGGCGGUGGCAACGUUCUUGGAGCCGGGCGGCACCGGCGCGAGGCGGCUAGGAGCAGGGCAGGGGUGCUCGCCGCGAAGGCACGCUCGGCUGUGUCGGAGGGCGGCUCGUCAUUCUGUGAUCUGCGCCGUCUCGUCGACGACCUGA